AAGCUAGUCAUUUGUGGUGUUGAAGGUGAAGCUGAAGGCAGAGAUAUUCAAGAGCUUCUUGAAGAUUAUGGAGUAUAUAGUGUAUCAAAGAAUUGGAAUGAUGAUAAGAAGCAACAAGUGAUUAGGCUCAAUAUAACUAAUAAUCUAAAAUCUUGGAUCUAUGAACAAAUAAAAACUAACACAACAUGGGCUGACCUAAAAACUGCAGUCAUCAAAGAUGCUCAUACAUCUUGUGACAAAGAAGAAAAAUUAGAAUGA